AUGUCAUCACCCAGCACCGCGGCGGCCAGGGCUUCUUUGAACAUCUGCAGAGUCCCCUCUUUGCCGCCGCCGCCUCCCACGGAGACGGAGAGCCUAGCGUCCCUCAAGCACCGCGGCCCCGUUGCUACGGACUUGCCGGCGCUCACAGCCCCUCGGCCUCCUCCUAAGGCCCACUCUGACUUCACCUUGUUCCCCAGCUCCCGAAGGGGUCUUGCUGCAUGGACGGGAGGGCGGUGUUGA